UUUUGAGUUUUUACUUGUCAUUCGACAGACUAUCGCCGUUUACCAUUUCUGCUUGCAAGUUUUAUUAUUACUAUCUGAUUUACAAUGGAUAAAACACUAACACUGCGUUCAGACAAUGCCGAAGACGUUGCUACCUCGUCUAGUUACCGCCAGUUUAAAAUUCAACACUUUCAUCUUGAUCUUCAAGUGGAUUUUAAGCAGAAAGUUAUAAUAGGCACUGAAACUAUACAACUGCAAUGCAUUCAGGAUGGUCAAAGUAAGUUGCGACUAGAUAUUCAUCCAACUUUGUCGCCUCAAGAGAUCUCAUUCACUCGUGAUGAACAAAACUGGACCAGAGCAAAAUUUCUCAUUCGGGAGUUUACCAGUUAUGGCACCACAUUGAUAGUGAAAUUUCCCACAUCUUUUAACUUUCAGGACAAAUUUCAAGUUACAAUCAAAUAUACAGCUUCUAAAGGACCUGGGGUGUGUUGGCUGGAACCUGAGCAGACUGCAGGGAAACUCAAGCCUUAUGUUUUUACACAAGGCCAGGCUGUGCUCAACCGUUCCUUCUUUCCUUGCUUUGAUACCCCAGCAGUCAAGAGCACCUAUUCAGCUGCUGUUAAGGUGCCUGAUGGGUUCACAGCAGUUAUGAGUGCUAAUAAAUGGGAGCAUAGAAAAGCAGACAGCACUUUCUUGUUCACAAUGGAUCAUCCCAUUCCUGCCUAUCUUGUAGCACUGGCAGUAGGGGACUUGCAGUCUGCUGAGGUUGGACCCAGGACUCGCGUUUGGACAGAGCCGUGUUUACUGCAGGAAGCCAAGCAAGAGUUUGAUAAUGUGAUCGAAGAGUUCCUGUGUGUGGGAGAAAAACUGUUUGGACCCUACAUCUGGGGAAGGUAUGACGUUUUGUUCAUGCCUCCAUCGUUCCCUUUUGGUGGGAUGGAGAACCCCUGUUUGACAUUCGUCACACCUUGUCUGUUGGCUGGGGAUCGCUCUCUCGCAGAUGUGAUUGUUCAUGAGAUCUGUCAUAGCUGGUUUGGAAACCUGGUCACCAACGCCACCUGGGGUGAAUUUUGGCUGAAUGAGGGCUUCACUAUGUACGCUCAACGCAGAGUUUGCAGGGAACUUUACGGAGAGGCUUAUACUUGUCUGGAAGCAGUGAUUGGUAAAGCCCUUCUGCGUGAACACAUGGACAACACAGGAGAGGAUCACCCUCUCAACAAACUACGUGUUAAGAUCGAACCAGGUGUUGAUCCGGAUGAUACAUAUAAUGAUACACCAUAUGAGAAGGGAUUCUGCUUUGUGUCCUACCUGGCCCAUCUAACAGGAGAUCAAGCAUGCUUUGAUGCAUUCCUUAAGGCUUAUGUGGAAAAGUUCAAGUAUCAAAGUGUGAUGGCAGAAGAUGCUUUGGAGUUCUACCUGGAAUAUUUCCCAGAUCUCAAAGAGAAGAACGUCCACAAAAUUGAGGGUUUGGAUUUUGACCGCUGGCUCAAUGUGCCUGGUUGGCCUCCAUAUUGUCCCGAUCUCUCUGCUGGUCAGCACCUGAUGAAACCAGCAGAGCAGUUAGCUGAAUUGUGGGUUAACCAGAUCCUGGACUUGGAAGCCAUCAGCCAAAUCGAUAUCAAAUCAUGGAAGACCUACCAAACUGUACACUUCUUGGACAAGAUCCUUGAAAAGUCCCCUCUUCCAGAUGGUAACAUAAAGAAGCUGGAGGAGUUUUACUCACACAUCACUGGGUCUAACAACGCUGAGCUGAAAUUACGCUGGGCACAGAUUGUUGCAAAGAACCUGCAUGAACCAGGAUACCAACAUAUUCGCAGUUUCCUCACCAGUCAGGGAAAGCAGAGGUACACAUUGCCUGUUUAUAGGGCCCUUUGGAAUGGAUCAGAGGAGACGAAGGCUUUGGCUAUGGAGAUAUUCUCAGCCACUUCAAAUCAACUUCACAUCAAUGUUUGCAAUCAUGUUAAAAAGAUAUUGGCUUGAGCCUAAUGAAUCUUAAAAAGUGUAUGCAAAUGGUAUGGUUUUUACAUGACUCUUUCUUAAAAUCUUAAAAUGAUGGUGCUUUGAUUACACAUAUGACCGUUGUGUUGUAUUGUAUAAGGCAGGGGUCACCACCCUUUUUGUGAGCAAGGGCUACCACAAUGGAUAAAACAAUCUGGAGGGGUAUUUUUUUGAUAUACUGUAGUCUACUCAAAACCUUGUUGUUUCCUUGUUGAUUUUUUACUUGAUGUGUUUUAUCAUUGUUUAAAAUGUUAACAUACAUAAAGAAGCCAAGCUAAUAUUAAAAAGAUAAU